CGGCUUUCUCCGCCAUCGAAACGCUCUCUCAGCCUUCUCCCCGUCUCUCCUCCGUGCGGAUUCGCGUUCUCGUUCUGAUCUCCGUUUGUUCUCGGUCUCCCCGAGCGAUCGGUUGAAUUUUUCUUCUCCGGUCUAUUCGUUUGGUUUGGUUUGGUUUGGUUUGGUUUCGUUCCUCCUGUGAUUUUAGCCGGAUAUGGAGAAGCUCGCGCUCACGCUCUCCGGCCUGCUGGCCAAGGUGGCGUCCGACUUCCCCGACCGGAGGGCCAUCUCCGCCUGCGGGAAGUUCGACCUGACGCACGCCCGGCUGCAGGAGCUCGUCGACCAUGCCUCCGCCCUCCUCGCCGUCUCCGGCGUCGGCGCCGGCGACGUCGUCGCCCUCACCUUCCCCAACAUCGUCGAGUUUGUGAUCAUGUUCCUGGCAGUAAUCCGAUGCCGAGCCACAGCGGCUCCACUCAACUCCGCCUACACGGCGGAGGAGUUCGAGUUCUACCUCGCUGACUCGGAAUCCAAGCUCCUAUUGACACCGAAAGAAGGAAACCAGCCAGCGCAGUCCGCCGCCUCCAAGCUAAACAUCCCCCACGUGACCGCAGAGCUUCACUCGCCAAAUUCCAAAAUCACUCUCUCUUCGACCAAGGUAGAGCCGAGCGUUGACUUGAUGUCCAAAGUCGUCAAUGAACCCUCAGAUGUGGCUCUGUUCUUGCACACCUCUGGCACCACGAGUCGCCCGAAAGGUGUGCCACUGACUCAGCUCAAUUUGGCUUCAUCGGUUCAGAACAUCAAGUCGGUGUACAAACUAUCGGAGAUGGAUUCUACUGUGAUUGUGCUUCCGUUGUUCCAUGUGCACGGCUUACUUGCUGGAUUAUUGAGCUCUUUAGUUGCUGGAGCUGCCGUGGCCCUCCCGGCGGCUGGUAGGUUCUCAGCAUCCACAUUUUGGGCAGAUAUGAUUUCGUACAAUGCCACUUGGUACACAGCAGUCCCUACAAUCCACCAGAUCAUCCUGGACCGCCACCUCAGCAAGCCAGAGCAGACUUACCCGAAGCUGCGAUUCAUAAGGAGCUGCAGCGCGUCGCUCGCACCAUCUAUCAUGGCUCGGCUCGAGGAGGCAUUUGAUGCACCCGUGCUUGAGGCUUAUGCAAUGACGGAGGCUGCUCACCUGAUGGCUUCAAACCCCUUGCCCGAAGAUGGGCCGCAUAAGGCUGGGUCAGUCGGGAGACCCGUGGGGCAGGAGAUGGCGAUUUUGGACGAGCACGGGGCCAUACAGGCAGAGGGUGUGAGCGGUGAAGUGUGUAUAAGGGGACCGAACGUGACCAAGGGCUAUAAGAAUAAUCCAGAGGCAAAUAAGCAGGCCUUCCAGUUCGGGUGGUUUCAUACGGGUGAUCUUGGGUUUAUGGAUUCAGAUGGGUACUUGCAUUUGGUUGGUCGGAUCAAGGAGCUCAUCAACCGUGGAGGGGAGAAGAUAUCACCAAUUGAAGUCGAUGCUGUGCUUCUGGCACAUCCAGAUGUUGCUCAAGCAGUUGCCUUUGGAGUCCCGGAUGAUAAGUAUGGCGAAGAGAUUAAUUGUGCUGUGAUUCCGAGGGAAGGUGUCGUGGUAACAGAGCAGGAUGUGAUCCAGUACUGCAGGAAGAACCUUGCAAGCUUCAAGGUCCCGAAGAAGGUUUUCAUCACGGACUCCGUCCCGAAAACUGCCUCCGGGAAGAUCCAGCGCCGGAUUGUGGCGGAGCAUUUCCUCGCGCAGAUCUCAACUGCCAAGGUCCCCAAGUUUGGUGCUUAAUCAUCUCCUUAAGAGCGCGCGAAUGUUAAGGUCGGAGUUCAUUUUCAGUACCAAAUAUCAAGUAGGUCGUCCCAAACUCGGGAAAAAACCUAAGCAUAAGGGUUGACUUUUUGUCCGUCUCUAUAUUGCUGACCGGCAUGCUCUCUUCACCGAUUGCCGGUGGUAGAAUGGAAUUUGCAUUCGUUCUUUGUACAUACGCAUAUUGGUAUCAAUGAAAAGAAAAAUAACGUUCUUGUCCUAAGGAACUUCAUGA